UGUAAUUUUUUUAUACAUUUAAGUUCGAUUGAAAUUUUUAAAAUUGUUAUGCUGAAUAGCUCGUAAAUAAAUUUAAGAAGUUUUAAAAUUUGUAUACCAGUUAACUUGGUGUAGAUAGUCACUCGUAGUAAAAAAGUUGUAACUGUGAUUGUAGCGAUUAAUUUUAAAUGGAGUGUCGGUGACUUCUCUAUUACCUAGGUUGUGCAAGCAAUGUUUUCAAGAAUUUUAAAUAUAAAGAAAGAAAAAGUUAUCACGCAAUGUGAAGAUCUAAGGAAAUCAGUAAAAGUAGAGAAAGAGUUUCAAGCUAUCCCUAGCAAACUUCCAAUAUUGGAUAAAGAUAGGAUUCGUAUUCUUAUUUAUAAAGACGCGGAGCCUAGAGGAGAUAGAACUCUGCUUUUUGAUUCUGAUGCUCUUCAGAAUGCAGCUAUAAAUGAACACUCAGAGUCAAAAAAAGAAAAGUCAAAAGAACAAGAAGAAUUAAAGCAGAAUGCAGAAUCAAAGACAAAAUUCAAACUUAAAAAGCCAAGUUCAGAUGUUAAAAUGCUAGGUGAAAUGAUUUUUGGAUCAGUCGCAAUGAUCUAUAAAGGAGCAAUUGUAAAAAUUCAUAUAAUCAGAUCACCUCCACAGCUCUUAAUGACAAAAGUGUUUGCUCUACGUUCAAGAAAUCAUGAAGUAAAUUUAUGUGAUUCUAAUUUGUCUUUGGAUUCUUUACAUAUGUGGCAAUCUGAUUCGGCAGAUUCAUCAAGUUCAGAAAGUAUAAUGAGAACCUUAUCUAAAUCAUCUGCUGUUAGCCAUCCAAUUCCUACACCAGUGCAACCUUCAUUUUUAUCAAAAUCUAAAAGUGUUAAUGGUUAUUCUUUAAGUGACUGCUACAAAAGCUCCUCUUUAGUUUCAGAAAAAAGUAUGUCUUCCCCAAAUGGUUGUUUACAGACACGUUUUCAUCGGUUUCAAAAAACUAGCCUAGACUUACCAAAUCUAUGGAGAUCAAAAUCAGAGAGUUCUGAUGAGGGAACUUAUAAACAGCAACCAAAGAUUGGUAUUGGUAUUAUAUUUAAACAAUGGAAUACUGCUGAAGAAAAUAAGGCUUUUCAGACAUUCUUCUUUUCUCAUUUUGCCCUUAUUGAAUGGCACUUACAAGCACUUCGCAUAAAGAUUGAAAAGUCGUUUUAUCUACAUAACAAUUUUAUGAAAGCAUCUAUUGCAGGUGUGGAGUGUUUUAAGGAAGAUAUUUUGAACCUUUUUUGCACCCCAAGAAUUUUGGAGCCAACUUGGUUGAGUCUAAUGACUUCUGAUGAUACACAUAAUAUUGAAAAUGUUAACAAUUUUAUGGAAUCUUUUAUGAACAUUGCAAAUGUCUGUGAAAAAAAAGAAACUAAUUACUUCUUGUCUAUAUUAUUGACGGCAGUGCUUUCCCAUCAUACUUCUUGGGUUGCAACUGUUAUGUCUAGUGGACUUACAUCAAAGCGUGCUUUUAUGGACAAGCAUUCUUCAAAAGCUGUUGCUGUUUUAGCUAAAUGUCAUCCUUAUAAUCCAUUGUGGGCCCAAUUAUGUGAUAUGUAUGGUUCAGUAAGUGUUCCGCUAAAACUAGCUCGUACUGUUAUUGUUGGUCAAAAUAAAGCAUUUGUUUGCCAGCUGUUGCAAGUACUCACUUACUUUAUCAGAUGUAGCGAUGUCAAAGAAACAGUUAUGCAAAUGGUGCCAGAUGAGGAAAAGCAGUUAUCUUCAUUAGGUACCAGUUUUGAAGAGAGCACUUUAAAUUUUUCUUCAAAUACUCCGAAAAAUAUUAAAAGUUGGAUUGAGAAUAGUCAAACACCUACAGAAGUUUUUUGCAAUAAUAAAGAGUUUUUUAGUAAUAAUAUAUCAAAUAAAAAUAAGAAAUCUGAAUCUUUAUUAAAUAGCUUGUGUGAAAGACACUGUGACUGUAAUCUAUUACAAAAGACGAAAUCGGUUUUGCACCCACCAAUAAAUUGUUGCUCACAAUUAGAUAGUCAUAAAUGUUGUAGUGAUCACUUGAACUCUUUAACUGUCGUAAAUUGCAAAUCAUGUUAUAUUUGUGGUACAUUAGAAAAACUAAUGUAUGAUGUGUUUUGUGAACAUUGUAAGAAAAAUAAAAAUUUUAUAGGAGAUCUUUUAUGUCAGACUUGUUUUAAAUGUUUAGAAAAGUUAUAUAAAAACUCACAAGAUCUUUUAACACAAACUAAAUCUAAUAAAUCAUUUAUUUGCUAUUGUUGUCCUUCUAUAAGUCAAACAGAAUCUAAUAUUUCUGAUAAAUUUUACAGACCCCGUAAAUCUUCAGAUCCUAUACCUUGUAUUAGUCCUAAAUCUAAGUCAACAAGAAACAGUACUAAAAGUCACGAUAGUGGUACAGAAGAAAUGAACUUUAUUCCUUCCUUAAAUGAGAGAAGUGUUUCUUGUAACAGUUCCAUUAGUUCCCAUUCUUCUAGCAUUGCAGUUGCCGACAUGGAUUCAGAUUAUUGUAGUAUUGAUAAUGAUACAAAAAGAUUUUCUCUUAAAGAACAGUCUGGUUUCAAUUCAAACAAUAUUCAAGUUAGUGAAUCAUCAGGAACACUUAAAAAUAUAGAACUAAAUUUUCAGACAGAAAUAAUGCUUGAAGAAAAGCAAAGCACAUUAAGUAAAGAUUUGAAAAAAAUGUGCUUAAAAGAACUUUCCAUGCCAAGAACUCAUCAAACCAUAGAAAAAAAAAGAGACAGUCUAGAUACUUCUUAUAUGACUUUUGGAAGGUCUUUGCUUGCUGGAUACUCUGAAAACUACACUUCCAAUUUUGUCCUUCAAGGUGUCGCUAAACUAAACAAAGAGAAAUUAGCUAUAGACUUGAAAAAUUCAGUUCAGUAUUCUGUAUUAGAUGAAGUGGCUUCUGAUGCAAUAUGCAUUGUGGCAAAUGUAGACAACUGGACAUGCGAAACAUGGAGUUUAACAAGGAGAACUAAUUCUAGCAACCUCAGCAUAAGUGAAAGUUUAAAUACAAAAAGUGUUUUUGCAUCAGAUUUGGUGUCCUCUCUGGUUGAAUCUACCAAAGGAUUAUGGGAACUAAAAUUUUCACCAAAUUCGUGUUUGCUCCAUGUUGAAGAACAACUAAAAGAUAUUUACAAUCGAGGAAAGGUUCUUGUGGAGUUUGCAAAGUUAAAUCCUGAAAAUGUUUUAUCAGCAUAUGUUCAAUCAUCUGGCUAUCAUUCAAAUGAUGUAGAUCUUUUGACUGCCGUUGGAUCAACAUACACUUUCAAUGAUGGACACGUUUUUUAACUUAAAAUAUAAUUUAUAUAUAGUUUGUAAUAUGAAUAUUUGUGCAUUUGUACAUGAAUGUAUAUUAUUUAUUUUAUAGUUUAUCUUGUAAAAUCUUUUUACAAAUUAAGGUCUUUUGUUUAUUGACCGUUUAUAUUGUACAAAUAUUGAAAAAGUAUUUAUUUUUGUAGUUUACAUCUGAAACAUCUUAUUUAUUGAA